CAACCGCUGGUCAAUAUCCAAUCGGUUCCAGCAACCGUGGAAACGGUGAGCAUCCAAUCCAACGGUCAACCUCAGCUUCUCAACGUCCAAUCGGUUCCCCGAGCCGUCGAAACUGUCAGCGUCCAACAACCUGUUCAAACCGUCAACGUGUUGCCCAACGGUGAACCGCUGGCCAAUAUCCAAUCGUUGCCCCAAACUCUGAGCCUUCAGUCCAACAGUCUUCAGCAACUGGUCAACGUCCAACCGGUGCCCCAGACAGUCGAGACCCUCAACGUCCAACAACCCCUUCAAACUUUGAAUCUGCAAGCGGGAGGACAACCGGUGGUUCAAACUCUGAGCUCCACCGUGAUUGCUCAGCCACCACCCCUGCCUCUGCCUGUUCCAGUUCAGACAAACGUGAACAUCGUUCCGCAACCCUCGCUCUCGGUCAAGGAGGUCCAGGUCGAGUCCGUGGCGGUGUCAUCCCCGUCCUCUGUCGUCGAGAGGAUCGCGCAGGGAUUUGCCCCGAAUCCUCUGGUGGCUGGCGGCGAGGAGGUGAGCGAGUUGUCCUUGGUGCCAGUCAGUGAACAGGUCGUCGUCUCGCCGUCCAGCUCUUUUUUUACCGUAAUCAAACCGGAGCCGGUGAACGUGCCGCAGGUGUAUUACAACCCUCUGACCGUUGUCCCGUCCUCGAGCAGAGUUGUCUCGCGAAUAUUUUAAUAA